CGUGUAGGACUUUUCAAACAUAUUUACAAUAUUUUCCUUUGUAGUCGAGUAAAAAUUUAAGAAAAAAACAGUCCACGUGGUUCCUGGCUCGCUGGGGGAUGACGGAGGAAGAGGAGGACGAAGGAAACGUCAAAGAAAAAAAACGGAGGCUUUUUUCCAACUUUCACACUGAAUUCUGCACGAAGCGCUGUGGCGCCGGCAGCGCUUGGUUUCAGCUUUUGCACAGACGACGAAGAAGAAGCAACCCGGAAGUUUGCAUAAACAACUGUGUUCGCAUAGUUCCAAUGAGGGACGAAAAGCAGCAGCCUUCCUCUCUCUACUUGGAGGUGUGUUGCCAAGAUGAAGAAGCUCGUCUCCCUCUGCACUCCUCCAUCGUCUUCUUCCUGCUGUCCUACUGUGACUGCAACUCCUUCAAAGUCCACCUGGUUGCCAGCGAGCAUGGCAACUUAGAGGCCCUUAAAGGUCAGAUACCAGAGUGCGUGGACGUGCUGGACAUGAAGUCAGAGGGUCUUCCACGGCUGGUAAGGGGCUGCCGUCUCCCUGCAGUGUUGGACGAGACCGGGGAACUGUGCAGGGCUGGGCUGGCUGUGGUCUUGAGGCACAUCAUCAACAAGACCAUCGAGGCUGAUCCCUCCAGGAAUGACGUGCUGGCAUUGCUGGGCUUCAAGAAGACUUGUCUCAAGGCUUGUGCUGAGGUGAGCAAGUGGACCAGGCUGUGUGAAAUUGGGAUCCCGUCAGCUGUCGAAGACCACCUCCGUAACCCUUCUAUCCAAACCCAGCCACCCCCCGUCUCCAUCCUCACUCUGGAGCGAAGGCUGGCCGAACCCGUCAAGGUCCACAACGAUGACAAAAUACGCCGGCAAAAGCUCCAGGAGCAGAGACAAAACGAAAAGAAUGACAUCAACCAAGCUGACGGGGGACGCGCGGAUUGUGACCCCCAGUCCAGCACGCCGCCUAAUGGACUUGAGCUCAGGGCAGCUCUGGCUAAGCUGUCUGUCGCUGCAGGUCCUUCUGUGGCCACCAGAGAGUGCUCUGAGAUCAGGAAAGUGAAGACCAACGACCUGCCUGAGCUGGAGCAUCUCUUUGCUGAGGGGCUGUACUUCACACUGACCGAUGUGGUCCUGUUGCCAUGCAUACAUCAAUACCUGUCUUCCCUCCCGGCUCCUGCUGCCAGCACUCUGCACCACAUCCCCCACCUGCUGCGCUGGUACAGCCGCGUUCAGGAGGUACCCGGGCUACUGCGGGCUGCAAAAGCCUGCGGGAUAACGCUGGUCAGCCCUGAGGCUCUGGCAUCUUGCACAGCGGGGCCGCCACAGCUAGUCGAGGGCAACCCACCAAGUCAACUAGAGCAUGAAGAGGAGACGACCACACAGCUCCCUUUUGUUGGCGGUCCCCGGCCCACCAUGACCAAACUCAAAGAAAGCGGCAUAGUGGCAGCCUUCGCUCCUCAUCCUUGUCCUGAGUGGACGCUCCCAUGGGACAGCUUACCAGAGGCCAUCAACCCCGCUGAAGGGAAGAUGUCAAAUAUCCGCACAGUCAAGAAGAAGCAACAGCUGAAUAACUUGGUUGCCAUGGUGACACAUCUAGCCAAACCAGGAGACACGAUUGUGGAUUUCUGCAGUGGAACGGGACAUGUGGGUAUUGUCCUGGCCCACACUCUCCCACAUUGUCAGGUCCUCCUCAUUGAAAACAAGGAAGAAUCUCUGAUCAGGGCACAGGGUCGCAGCACUGAACUUGGAGUAGAAAACAUUGGAUUCAUUCAGGCCAACUUGGACUACUUCACUGGACCUUUUCACAUUGGAGUUGCGCUCCACGCCUGCGGCGUGGCGACAGACAUGGUGAUGGAGCACUGCAUCCAGGCAGGCGCCGCCUUCGUCAUCAGCCCUUGUUGCUAUGGCUUCAUCCAAAAUGCAGUCAAGUUCACCUUCCCAAGGAGCAAAAUGUUCCAAGAGACUCUGAUUUAUAAGGAACACAUGAUCCUGUGCCGCUUUGCCGACCAAACGGCUGCCCAGCUUCCUCCAGAGAGGCGCCACAUAGGGAAGCAGUGCAUGGGCCUGGUGGACUUGGACCGCUCAUGGGCUGCGCAGUCGCACGGUUACCAGGUGCAGGUGAUGACCAUGGAGCCGGACACGUGCUCGCCCAAGAACAACAUGUUGAUAGGAAAGCCCCACGUGCAAGAUAGCGCUCACUAAUUGGACGAACCUGAGCUUACUGUAGGUGCGUCACAUGGAUACUUACCUUUUUUAUUUUUUGAUAUCUGGAUUUUCCAUCCAUCCAUCCAUUUUCUAACGCUUGUCCCUUGUGGGGUCGCGGGGGGUGCUGGAGCCUAUCUCAGCUGCAUUCGGGCGGUAGGCGGGGUACACCCUGGACUAAUCCAAAGACAUGCACCUGGGGAUAGGUUGAUUGGCAACACUAAAUGGUCCCUAGUGUGUGAAUGUGAGUGUGAAUGUUGUCUAUCUGUGUUGGCCCUGCGAUGAGG